AUGGAAGAAGCCCGCCCUCUGAAGAGGCAACUAAGCGAUGAAGAACAAGACAAAAGGUUUAAAACCAAUGAAAAUGACACAGUUAUGGUUCCAGGUCCAAAAAAUGCUAUCAAUAGUAAUGAUGAAAAAAAUCAAGAAGAAGUUAACACAAACCCAGCUGGGCUGAACUUCGUAGAGCUCUCAAAACUCAUAAAAGAUACCGAACCAGGCAAAUCUGCCUUAAAAACUAUUGAAACCAAUCAUUCAGAAACAUUUACAAAUGAAAUUUCUAAAGCCCAGAAUUUAAAUGUGGACUCGGCUUUUUUCCCAAUCAAUAAAAGAUCUGAGGAAUUAAUAAAACUUUUUGAACUGAAAAUAAAAGAAAAAGAAGAAUUAUUAGCGAGAAUUUCUGAAAUUAAAGCUAAAAUCCAUGAGAAAAAUAAGGUAUGUGAAAAAAUAAAUUUAAAAUCUGCAGAGAAAAAAGAAGCUUUGAAAUGUGAAAUAAAAAGAAUUAGAAGGGAAAGAGAAAAUAUGGAUAAAGAGCUGCAAAGAGAUAAUGAUAAUUUGAGGAAAAUAAUUGAAUUUUAUAAAACUCUUACGUCCCAGUGAGAGAACAGAAAAUUUUGUUCAUUCAUGGAGAGGAGUUAUUUUUUUAUUUUACAGUCAUUUUUUUGAAAUUAAAAAAAUCCAAAAUUCGAAAUAAUUGGAAAGCAAAUAUUAAUUUGUAAGAUUUGUGUUUUAAAUGUAAGCUGUUUAUAAUUAAACAGAAUUAGCUAGAGAUUCCGUUAUAAUAAUUAUCACUUAUAUAUCAAAAUAUUUUUUCAUAAAAAAUUUUUUGUGUUUUGGUCAAAAAAUAGGAAUUUUUUCUAACGGUUUUAUUCACUCAUGGAGGGGGAGCUAGUGGAGUCACAGUUGAAGAAUUAGGACUAGGACGAUUUAAGAUAAUUGUCAGAAAUAUCCAGGAUGAGUUUGUAUUUGUGCUUGGAGAGGAUGGGAACACUUUUAACUAUGAGCUGCUCUCAGCCACAAUUUCUGACUCAAAAAUUCCUUCCUAUUUGAGAGCUGAAAUUAAUAUUGAUAAGCAAGAUGCUUCAGUUCUUUUAGAUAAGGUUAUGUCUAUUUUGCAUUAUUAUGUCUUAAAUAAUUUAUUUCUAUAUGCAUACCAGGAAAAUACUGGCAUUCAUAGCUUAAAAGGUUUUUCAUCAAUAUUUUUCUAUCUUAAAAAUUAUUACGAGAAUUAA